UCGCAUUAGCCCUAGCGCCUUUCUUUGGACAAUAAAGAAAAACGACAAUUAGAAGCCUCAACCUUGGGAAAAUUCUAGUUCUAGUAAUUGUAUGAAACUCGUGUAGUCGGUAUUGGUAAAUCUUUGCUUGACGUCGCGACUCUUUUUCCAUCGUUUUCCAUUCCGUGACAUUUUUUAUAAAAAUGACUGAUGUAUCCGUAGAAGUUCAAAACAAUAAAGACCACAAGGAUGACGUUGAAAACGAGGAGCAUGAUCCCUAUUUUGAACCAAUUAUCCAUCUUCCUGAAGUACAUAUAUAUUCCAUGGAAGAAGAUGAGGAAGAUUUAGUCAAACUACGUGCCAAACUCUACAGAUAUGAUAAGACCGAAGAGCCCCAUCAAUGGAAAGAACGGGGAACUGGGGAGAUAAAAAUUCUGUGCCAUCUAAAACAGAACACUGCAAGAGUUUUAAUGAGAAGAGACAGAACAUGGAAAAUAUGUGCUAAUCAUUAUAUAACUCCUGUGAUGGAAUUGAAACCUAACUGUGACAGUGAUCGUGCAUGGAUCUGGAGUGUACCAGCAGAUUUUGCUGAUGAGGUUCCCAAGCCUGAACUUCUUGCUGUUCGUUUUUCAAAUGCCGAAAAUGCAAAACUAUUUAAGGAUGCUUUCGAGGAAGCUCAAAGAAUCUUGGAGCAAAACCGAAACCUGACAGGAGAGGAAGCAACAAGUGAUGAGAGUGGCGACGAAGUUGAAGAUGACGAACAGGAUAGUGAAAAUUCAGAAUCGAAAGUUGAACAGGAAGUUAUUGAAAAACUGCGUGAAUUGGAAGUAGACGGUGCGUCUGGGAAAACGGGUUAACUAGAAAUGACAAUGGUCUCACAUAAGACACUUAAUCGUUAUUGAACGUUCGCUCUCCUCAAGUCAUUCCUGAUAAGACGUUUUAUGCUCAUGGAUCAUUGAGAAACUACUCAGAGAAAUACACUUCAUAUGAAAGUCA